AUGGAAUACCAUGUACGAGGCUCGCCAGUCAUGAGACCCGUCCACUUCAAGCUCCCUUCGUCCCAGCGUUAUGCUGGCUCAAACAGCGCGACUCGGCUUAAACAGAAUUCGAGAGGGCGCUUCUCCCGGAGAGGCACAUGGUACACGCGAAUCGGAAGGUCGGCAAAAGACUUUCCCCACAUCACGCAAUCUCGGCAUUGCCAAUGGGCUCCACCCCCACCGCCUUCAAAUGUGCCAGUCUCUUUUUCUCUUGAAUAG